AAGUCCUUGAAAUUUCCUCAUUGGUUUCUUCUUUUUAUCUCUGCUACUAAGAAUUCUACUCCCAACGAUUCUUACUUCACUGAAAAAAAAAAAAGAAAAAAAAAAGAUUCUCUUCUUAAUUACUAGCAAGUUCAAAAUCUUUGCAAAUCCAACAUUGCUUUGAUCCAGAAAACUGGUGAUCAGAUCAGCACAAUCUCACUGUAUUCUCUCUUCUCCCACACUGCUUGAUCUGUUUUGCUUCACAUGCCAGUGUACGUUCAUCAUCGUUAUCUGUCGAUUUAUACUGUACAUAUAGACUUCCACCACUUAAUGUAGUAUUUGUUUUAAUUAUUUCUUGAAGCAAGGGAUUUUUGCUCCAAGAAAGAGUUUGCCAGUCUGGACUUGUGGAUUGAUUUACUUGUUUCUGUAAUAUGGCUUCUCCUUCUUGUUCUUCUGCACCUGGCAGCUUUAAGCAUGAUGUAUUUCUUAGUUUUAGAGGGGAGGACACCCGCAAGACUUUUACAAGCCAUCUUUAUGCGGCUUUAGUUAGUAAUCACAUCAACACCUACAUAGAUGAUGAAAUCGAGAGGGGAGAGGAAAUUGCACCAGCCCUUCUCCAAGCAAUAGAGGCAUCAAAACUUUCCGUAGUCAUUUUGUCACAAGGCUAUGCUUCUUCCAGAUGGUGCUUGAAUGAACUCGCUCAUAUAUUGGAAUUGAAGGAAAGACACCAACUAUCGGUUUUACCCAUUUUUUAUGGGGUAGAUCCAUCACAUGUACGGAAUCAGAGGGAGAGUUAUGCAGCUGCAUUUGUUCAACAUGAGAAACAUUUCAAGCAAGACAAGGUGCUCAAGUGGAGGGAGGCUUUAACCAAAGCUUCUGAUCUAGCUGGGUUUGAUUCACGCAAGACUAGCCCCGAUUCCAAGUUAGUUGAGGAAGUUCUGAAAGUUAUUCAGAAGAAGUUGAAUCGCAAAUACUCAAGAGAUUUGACCCCACAAGAUGUUGAGUUCAGCUCACGGCAACUUAUCAAUGGGAAUGAGCCCGACAGGGCUAAAGAUAAUUGCUUCAAGUGUGGUGGGAUAGGACAUUGGCGCAGAGACUGCCCUUCAGAUAAUUGCUCCAAGUGUGGUGGGAUAGGACAUUGGGACAGAGACUGCCCUUCAGAUAAUUGCUUCAAGUGUGGUGGGAUAGGACAUUGGGACAGAGACUGCCCUUCAGUAGGUGAUGAAGACAGCCAUUCAGCAGAUAAAUGCUUCGAGUAUGGUGGGAUAGGACAUUGGGCCGAUGAUAGCCCUUCAUCGAGUGAUGAAGACAGCCCUUCAGCAUAUAAAUGCUUCGAGUAUGGUGGGAUAGGACAAUGGGGUGAUGACAGCCCUUCAGCAAGUGAUGAAGACAGCCCUUCAACGAGUGAUGAAGACAGCCCUUUAGCAGAUAAAUGCUCCGAGUGUGGUGGGAUAGGACAUUGGGCCAAAGACUGCCCUUCAGAUGAAUGCUUCAAGUGUGGUGGGAUAGGACAUUACGCCAAAGACUGCCCUUCAUAUAAAUGCUUCAAGUGUGGUGGGAUAGGACAUUGCUCCAAAGAUUGCCCUUCAAAUAAAUGCAUCAUCAGGUGAUGAAGAUAUGUAGGGGCAUAUCUACAUACAAGCCUCAUUGGGCUGAAGCCCACCUGAGAUUUGAUAAAUCACUAGGUAUAUGUAAUAUUUAUAGAUGUCAAGGACUUAUAGUCUUGGUUUAGUGUUUUAACUAAUACCAAACCCAUCCAAGUCCGAAUCGCAUCAAUAGCAAUCAUUUAGUUAUUUUUUUCUCUUACUUCCUAUUUUCUUGAUUUUUUUCUAAAUGUUUUUUUUUCUUUCUCCCAAUGCAUGCUGGGCUCGAAGUUGGAUAUGGGGCCUCCCUUGUGUGUGGAUUUGGAUCGGUUUGGUUUUUAUGUUUGUAUUUUUUGUUUUAUCUUUGGGCUUGCAUUCUGUUGUAAGAUGUUAGGUCAUUACUUUAU